GGGUCCUUAUUUUUAGUGUUAUUUAGUACUUUUUGGGUCAAUAUGCCACUUGGCUUGCUUUACUAAAUCAAUACAGAUAAUAUUCAACUAAUAUAACUUUUUUUCCUUUUUACAUGUCAUAUGCCACCUUUUAUAUGCUUCCUCUUUUUUUGCAACAUUCAACUACAUAUUAUAUGCUCCCUUAUUUAGGUCACAAGUUCACAAUAAUAUAAAAAGCAAACUAGGCUAAACAUUUUCAAUUCCAUCACAACACAAAGAUGAUUAAGAUCAUGAAGCUCUUUGCACUAACAAUGGUAGUUACACUGCUUCUUCUUGCAUCUGGUCUUGCCCAAGCUAGGACCGAGCCUAUUCAAACCGACUCUAAUCCAAUCCAUAUACCACCCUCCUUCCCAACCGAGCCAUUUCCUCCUCCAAAACCAAACCAGGAUGAAAAGAUAUCAGUGGAGCAGUUCCCAAUCCCAAUUCCAAAAAAUUGUCCGCCGGGCUUCCCUGGAUGCCCACCAGCAAGUUCUUAAAAUUAUACAAAAUACAUGAAAACAUAAACACAUGUUUUGUAUUUAAUAUUAUGCUUUUCUGUCAUGAAUUUAUAUUAUAAUAAAUUAUAUGUUUUCUUUCAUUUUUCCUUAAAUUUUAAGCGUUCAGAUUUUAGUAUGACCAUGAAUUAGAACAUUCUUGUAUACAAACAAACACAGUAAAACUGACAUAACACCCUUUCAAAUAAACCUUAUACUUACGAAGGUUUAUAGAUUCACCCCAGAUAAAAUACUUUUAUUCAAUAAAACCCCUACCCCGAUUUAAACUCAGUUUCCAGAGUAAGCUAUCUUUUACUCUAAAGAUAGAGAGAUGAAAUAAGAAAUGACGAUUUCUACAUUACUCUCAAUCUCUGCUUUCACUCUAUCUCCUUCAUCCACCAAAACAGAUCUCCUGACUCCAAUACCCACUAGGCCUUUCUCAUCUUCCAUCUCUCCAGGAGGAUUGAAUCAAAACAGUUUCAUACAGAGUCAAAGCUACAGUCACGCCGUGAAUUCACCACCCGUUGCUCUUCUCCAGAUGGGUUUCUCCGAGAAGAAGAAGAAAACGAAAUCAUCCAGCUUCCUCCGUCUAUUGGGUUAAAAUUCGCGAUAUGCGUUGUGUUCUGGACCACUUUCUCUUUGCUCUGGUUUGCUAGGUCCGGCGAUGCCAAAGCCGCCGCUGACUCCAUCAAAUCAUCCACCUUUGGUCUCAGAAUCGCCGCUGCUCUCCGCCGGUUUGGUUGGCGAGACGAAGCUGUGGUCUUUGCUUUAGCCACGCUUCCGGUUAUCGAGCUCAGUUGUGCUAUACCAGUUGGUUAUUGGAUGCAGCUUAAACCGACGGUUCUCACUUUCUUCUCUGUUCUUGGGUUAGUCUCAUAAACCUUGAACAAAACUAGUUGGAUACAUCUUGUUAUUGUUGUCGAUUUGGUUUCAGACAUUGGUCCUAACGAUAAUAUAAAAGUGUGACAUGGGCAACUUUUCUGUUGUUUAAGUUAAAUGAGAUCUGGAGAUAUUAUUAUAUGUUAUGUUCAAUCUAUAUUCAUAUGAUUUGAUUA